GCCUCCUGGCACGUCGACGGCGGCCCGUGAGGGUCAGUGCGCGGCCAGCGAUUCCGCCCGGCGAACUGCUGGCUGGUGGUGCCGAGGUCUAUGUCCCUGAGCCCAGCCGGCGGGGCGGCGUGACCCCGGCGGCGCCCGGACUCGGCCCGCGUCGCCCUUUCUCCCUUCGGAGCGGACGGAGAGGAGCCCGCGGGAUGGCGGCGCCGACCAUGAAGGAGCGGCAGGUCUGCUGGGGCGCCCGGGACGAGUUCUGGAGGUGCCUGGACGAGCACGCGGACGACGCCUCCCGGUGCCAGGCGCUGCGACGCUCCUUCGAGGCGAGCUGCCCGCAGCAGUGGAUAAAAUAUUUUGACAAAAGAAGAGACUACUUAAAAUUUAAAGAGAAGUUUGAAGCAGGACAGUUCCAGCCUCCAAACACCUCUGCCAAGUCCUAGGCUGCCCUGGCCUCUCCGAAAGGUAGACUCUUCUUUCUGGACAUUUCCCAGUGCCCCACGGACUGUGGGAGCUGGUAGACACCAGUGCUUCUGCAUAUGUGACUUAAUAAUGAAAGUGAUCAGACAGUGGAGAACUGAAAGAGUGCUAUGAAAUAUGCUCAGUUUUAAUUUAGUAAGAAAUCUAUUUUAAGAAGAAAAUUAAAGCCUAUUUUAAAAAUACAUGUACCUGUUUUUUUGGUUAGAGGAUGGCAUUAGACAAAUAUUGUAGAUACUGAAAAAAUAGGUUGUCAUAUGUAUCCUAGGAGUGACCAUUUUAAUAGCAGCACACACCAAAAAAUGGUGAUUGGAAGAACUUAAACUAGAUAGCUAAAAUGAGACUGUCUACAAACAGCUUAGCUAAUAUACUCAGUGUUGGCACAAGGAAUGAUUUUUCCCAAAAAUCAGUAACAAGGCUGUCCUCUCUCACUUCUAUUCACUA